AACCAAGGUUCUCCAAGGACAAUGACCUCAGCCAUGAAACGCCCAAAACCUGUUAGGGUUAAUGAAGCUUCCCUUGCGUGGAAAGAUAAAGGAUGUCGUCAUAGGGCGGCCCCACCAGCCACAGAAAAACGGGAGCGCCACACCUGCCCCACCAAAAAGACAUGGGGAUCGGCGACUAUGAUCUAAUUCAGUAUCAUUUUGAACAAUGCCCUAUAUUCACCUUAACUCAUGGUUACCCCAGACAAGCCACAGUAAUGCUACGUCAUUUGGGUGUAGAAUCCGACUCCAGGAAUGCGGAUGAAAGCUAUAUAAGCUACUGCUCAACCCGCCCUGAAUGAGUAUUGACCAGAGAUACCCAGCUAACUAAAAUCACUACAACACCACAACAACAUCACCACCACAGCGAAGACUUAUUUUGUUUCAGUUAAAUACCACCAACCGAUCACACAUAAUGUCUGGAAUGUUGCACAAGGUUAAGGAGGCUGUCACUGGUCAUCACGACUCUACCUCCGACACCACCCACACCAAUACCCACACCAACACCACCCACAACACCAACACCGCGAACGCUACCAACAACCACAAGUCAUCCAACCACGGCCCUCACAGCUCGUCAAUUGCCAACAAGCUUGACCCUCGUGUUGACAGCGACCGUGACAACCGCGCUGGCCACCACACAACCACAACUACCGGCCCCGGUGGCACGACUACCACCCACUCCAGCACCCAUGGCCCUCAGCAAGCUCCUGUUGGCGCCGCUGGUGGUGUAGACGCCCCAUUCGGCACAACUGGACAUACUGGUGCCCACUCAACCAAUGCUGGUCCUCACAGCUCCAACGUCGCCAAUAAGGUCGAUCCUCGCGUGGACUCCGACAGAGACAACCGCGCUCGUCACGAGGCUAUGGGUGGUGCUCAUGGCCCUCAUUCGUCCAACUUGGCCAACAAGGCUGACCCCCGUGUUGACAGUGACCGAGACAACCGCGCCGCUGGUCUUGGAGCCACUGGAGCCAUGGGUACUCCUGGCGCCUACGCCACUGGAGCAACCCACGGCACUGGCGCUGGUACUGGCACUGGCCUUGGACAUAGCACUGGCACCGGCGCUGGUGUUGGAACUGGAACUGGUCUUGGCCAUACGACUGGCACCGGCGCUGGUGUCGGCACUGGAACUGGCAUUGGCCAUGGCACUACUACCUCGACCGCUGGUCCUCAUAGCUCCAACCUCGCAAACAAGGCCGAUCCUCGUGUCGACUCCGACAUGGACAACCGUGCCCGCCACCAGGGUCUUGCCAGCAGCAGCUACAACACCUCAGGCGGUAGCACCACUGCAGGCCCUCACAGCUCCAACGUCGCUAACAAGCUUGACCCUCGCGUCGACUCCGACUUGGAUAACCGCCGCAACGUUGGCACCCAGCGCCAUAUCUAAGGUGGUCGAAUGGGCUUUGUAACGAGCGAUGUUUAUGAUUCGAGCGAAUUAGUACCCCUCCUGUCCUUUUCGAGAUGAAAUUCCUCUGGCGAUGAACUCAUAUGCGAUGUAUCUUAAUAAUGUUGCUAUUACCAUAAUACGAUCAACAUUAUAUUAAAUCCACCUCCCACUUUAAAAAAAAAUUGAUAGAUAGAUCCUUUCAUCCCCACUCAAGCUCAGACUCGUAGAAUUUGCUCAUGAGAUGAGUAUGUUGCAGACGAAUAAUCCCGGGAUGGAACAGUGAGGAUUCGUGAUGAAGGGUGUGUGAUCAGCACUAAAUGAAACUGAGGAAAUGUCCUGGCCCCAACAUUGCCC